CCGGUAUUGGUGUAUAGUCUGGAAUGAAUGAAUAUUUCUCCUCUUAUCAUCCACGAGUGUCGUCCUCGGUACAGAGGGAAGAAACCCUCGAUAUGAUAUCAAGACUUCUGUUCACUUCAAUCGUUCAACGGACAACGAACAAUUUUCGCAUAGUACCUUGCCGGCCGCCGUGAAGUUUGCAUCGAACGGGGUUCUAACGUUUACCAAAGCUCUUCGAUUGUCGGGUUCGGUGAAUGAGUCAUCGCUGAUAGUGAAUGAAGAAGCAUCUGCCCGGUAUUGGCGAAGUGAAUUUGCGCGCGCGAUAAGAGCUUGUGAUGUCAUAAGCCGCUUUGUGUAGAAGCAGAAACAACAGUAUGGAUGUAGCAGAUAGAAACAGUUCUUACCAGUUCCAAAGCCUGGCAUUGGCAGACAACAGUGACACUACGAACACAUGGGUAGAUGCUGAAUCGACGACUUACCUCUCGGAAACGGAUACAUCCGUUAGCGACCCGAAGAAAGUGAAGCGAAGAGUACGCCACAAUGUCCGCAGCACAAGAGUCAAUUCUGCCUACACGCCUCACAAUCGUUUGUCACGAUACAAAACCGCACUGAACAGUAUUAUACCCUUCCGAACUAGUAAUACAGGAACGAAAGAUCUCCCCGUGGACAGCGUCGGGUGUAUAUCGAACAGUUCCUUUUCCUGGGUACGUAAGUUCCUCAUUACGACAGAGCAGCAGCAAACGUAUCAAAGUCUACCGACGUCCGCAAACAAUGCCAGCUCAAAUGAUGCCUUCCUGCUACCGAAACGACCCUUCAGCGACAGCUGUGAGGAAAAUUGUCGCCGACUUCUCGGCAUCUACAAGUACGAAGAAAGUCUGAACGGACGCAAGAAGGUUUCCAUGUUCAAAGUGGUCUGGCGAUUCACGAGAACCCGACUUCUGAUAGCCUCCCUGUUCCAGUGUCUAGCGAUUCUGCUUGCAUUCGUGGGGUUGCUCGUAUUCUCGAACUUCACCAUCGAGUCCAUGCAGACUGUGAUGUCGAAGAGCUGUGCGAGCUGUAGUGCCAUUUCAAACUGUUCUAACGUUCCCGAGAUGAUUCUUGGAAUACGGUUUGGCAUGAAUCGGGAUGUCUGCAACAGUACGGUGGAGGUCGAUGCUUCCGAUGGAAGACGGGAUCGCUUAUUGCUUUCGUUGGGCGUGUUCCUGUGUUUCUUCAUGGCGUUCAUGUUCAACAGUGUGAAGAACUGGCUCAACCUCAGAACGGCGAUUCGACUGAGAACCGCCAUCUUGUCGUCUGUCUAUAAACGUGCCAUGAAAAGUAGCGUCGUCAAUCAGGUCUCAGCUCACCAGAUAAUGACCAUGGCGAAUGAAGAGAGUGAAUCCGUGUUUCAAAUAGUGCAAUCGGGUGUACAAAUGAUUGGCAUUGUAUUUGGGACCAUUCUGUCUUUCGUAUCGGGGUUGUCCUUACUCUCGUUAUCCGGUAUUCUACCGCUAGUGGGAUCUCUUCCUUUACUCCUACUGCUGUUGAUAACAGGAACUAUUUCGAAGACGUACUAUAGGAAGUUCCUUUCAUAUGGAGCACUAAAGCUUUCCACGGUGGAGGACAUCUGUGUAAACUUCAAGAAUGUAAAAACCCUUCAGCUGGAAACGAUACUUUCUAAAAGGUUCGUGGAUUACCUCAAUCGCCAGUACCAGUCCCUCAAGUGGAGUAACAUCUAUUCUACGAAGUUUUCCGGAGGUGUAACCUCCGCUAUUCUGGUCGGUGGACUCUACCUAAUCUGGUGCGACGUGAAUAUAAAAACCGAAAGCACCGAGGUCCUCACGUUGCUGUUGAUAUACGCCUACCUGGUGCAAAGAAUCACCUUGGAUUUCUGCCACUGUAUCCAUCACAUUCUGCAGGGUAGAGCAUCACUCGAGAAGCUCAAGCAGUCCUAUCAGUUGUCCACGCCGGACAAUGUUCGGUUGAAGCCCAAUCGGGAAAACUUAGCCAUUCAGAUGAAUGAUUUGGUUGCGGAGUGGCCCAGCGUGAACGGAGAGAAGCCAAGCGCUUUCCAGUUAUUCGUGAAUAGUUUUGAGAUCGUCAAAGGACAACUCAUUGGCGUGACGGGCAAUUCGGGAGCGGGAAAGACCACACUGCUGCAUACGAUACUACGGAAUACUGAAGUCAGGAAAGGAAAGGUUCUUCAAAGAGGUAAAAUCGCUUUCUUUCCGUCGAAACUUGUGCUGAUGAACUCUAGCCUGAAGGAAAACGUGUUGUUUGGAGAGUCAAUGGAUCCUAAGCGAUACUACUUUGCCGUUCAGGCCAUGAAACUCAAUGAGGACAUUCUACAGGCAGCUGGAACGGAUGACAUACCCAUCAUUUAUCUGGAGUUGACAGCUCAACAGCUAGAACGAAUCGUUUUAGCCCGUGCGAUCUACUGCAGCCGACAGAUCGUACUCCUGGACGAACCAUUCACGCGGUUCACGAAUCAUCAGGAAGCGAAAGAACUGUUCCUGCAGUUGGUUCACUGCUUCGAACAGGAUCAUAAAACUGUCAUCAUGGUGACACGAUGUGAUGAUUUUCUACAGUAUUGUGAUCGCGUUUUCCGGAUGGAAAACGGUGCCAUUUAUCGCGAAGGCAGCUACGCUGAAAUUCUGAACAUGCCGUCGCACGUAGAAAUGACCCGUAGAUGUAACGUGGAAACAACCAGCCGCAGUGAAUACGAAUCGUACGAGGGCAGCAAUCCAUCCGCAAUGUACAUCGCAAAAAGUGAAAACUCCAAGGCCAACCGGCGCUCAAAAAGGCUGAGUAAUGGGUACUCAGCUGAUGACUCUUCCAGUGAACGCAAGGUUACCAUCAGCAUUCGUGGUUUCAGUAUAUGCGACUAUGUGAUGCUCACGAUCGUUCACCUCAUCAAUAAUUUCCUCUACUUUGUGCCGAUUUUCACGCUGGUGAUCAUUGUGGAGCAAGGCGACAUAAAUCCGUGGCUCAGCAGCAUUUGCCUGGGAAUCAUCUGUUGUGCCUUCUUCGUGGACAGCAGUUUGAAAAUCUACGUGGCCCGGAGGACGGAGAAUCGCAACAUAUACUACCAGCAGUCGCUACUUCAAACCGUGUUGAAGAGUUCCCUAUCGCAGCUUCUUUCGACAAGCAUCUCAAACAUGGUGGAUCUGUUCACGGAUACCAUCUCACCGCGCUUAUCGCUGAUCAACAACUGCAUCCACUACGCAUGGGUCAUCGUACUGUCGACUACUUUGCUCGUGAUUGCGAACUUCUGGACGGCGCUUAUUGUUCCGUGUUUGUUGGUGCUGGCUUUAACGCUGAUAUUGGUCCUGAAGUACACCAUGAAGCAUCUUUGCGAUCACGAGCAUAACUCCAAGAGGCGGAUGUUCGCGAUUCUGACCAAUCAUUUGAGCGGACGUGCCGUGACGCAGUCCUUUGAUUACGUGUCCAACUUUGUGCAUGAGUUCUACGAUAAUGUCGAAGAGAACAGCACCGCCGUUUUUAUGCAAAAAGCCAUUCAAUAUUUUGCGGAAUUUUGGCUUAAUUUUACCGCCUACUUUUUCGGACUCAUUGCACUACUGCUUAUCCUCUUGUUAACUCCUCAAUCGGAGCUAUCAAUUCAUCGAUAUGUUCUAGCGAUGUUUUCCUACCUUACGCUUGUUCACGGAAUACACAAGUUCAUGGAGAACGUAUUGUCUGUGACAACUGCCAACAAGAGAAUCGAUAUUCUUCGGAAUAACAUUCAGGAUCUACAAAUUAUUGAUGAAAGCCACCGACCGACGUCGCUCACCAACUCGAACAUUGGCGUAUCGGUAACGUUCAAGGACGUAGUCUACCGGGUAGCCAACAAAAAGCUUCUCAGAAUUCCGAAACUCAACAUUCAAGCCGGAGAAACGAUCGCCAUCACCGGUACCGGCAGUAGGCUAAUAGUUCCGCUGAUUUGUCGCAUGUUUCCACUGAACCAAGGCGUGGUCAGUCUGAAUCAGAUCGACCUAACCCAGCUGAACAUCGCCCAACUGAUGGAACAGGUCGGAGUUGUUCCGUGGGACCCGAAGGCAGCCGGCAUCAGCAUCGGGAACUUCCUGAACCCGGAUGGAAAGAUACCCUCCGAUCAGAUCAACAAUGUGCUCAUUGAGGUGAAACUGUUCGAGAGUGUUGCCAGGCUGCCCAACAAAAUUGACGAUAUGGUAGACAGGCUGCCGCUUGGCGACAGGCAGCUGCUGUGUUUGGCGCGCUGCUAUCUUAGAAAACCGGCGCUCCUAAUCUUGGAACAGAUCCAUCCGAACGUGAUCGAUAUUGUCAACGCAGCCGUCAAGCAGAAAUUUGCCGAACAGACUGUCAUCAUCGUUGCGUCGCACGAGGUCCAGUACAGAAACAUCUGCGAAAGGCUGAUCAAUUUGGAUACGCUGUGAACGAACAAUGGACAACAAUCGGACAACAAGAGCACACGGACAAAGAUGUGUUUUUUUUUUUUUUCUAAAGUCGAAUACUUUAUUUAUGUUCAAGGAAAAAGAACCACAAAUCGUUUACAAAUAAAUAAAAACAGUGAAAUAUAUAUGUAUUCAUGUAUAUCA